GGUCCGGUGAGCAACAAUUAACAGAACGCAGAUUGAUCGAAAUGACAACCGGCGAGCAGCAAAGGUUUUACCUUCGCGAUGAAGUCGUUAUAAAUAACUCAGCCGAUCGUGCGUGGGUUAUCAUCCAUGGGAACGUCUUCGAUGUUACGCCUCUGUUCGAUGGAAAUUUAACCAGCUCGCCGAAAAAGAUUUAUCAACUUCUGCUCGCCUUUGCCGGUAAAGAUUUGAGCGAUCACUUUGAUAGAAAAGGUAGACCAGUCUAUCGGAUUAGCAAGGAUGGCGUCAGGGUGCCGGAGUUUCCUCCGGUGGUGAUCAGAAAUGCUUCCACCGGGAAGCGUUGGUGGAAUGAUAAAAGCUUAAUUAUCGGAAAGAUCACUGCUCAGGAGAGGAAAAUUCGUGUGAUCAAUAAUCUCACGUUCCAAAUUCAGGAAAUUUCUGUAUGCGAAGAAGAUACAAUCGCAGAUAUUCAGAGACGGUUUUGUCGAUUCAAUGCUAACGCAAAAAACUAUACCUGGAGGAUCAAUAUUGAAAGUGACCCAACCGCAGAUUUACGACCUGAUAAAACUCUUACAGAGAAUGGCGUCAUUCACGAUCGUUACCCACCUGCACCGAUGAUUUGGAUUUUUUACCAAAUUCCACCAAACAGUUCCGAACAAAACCUAACUCCAAACACCAACCAUGAAAGCACGUGAACGAUGUGAUAAAUGAUACAAUUUUCGCUGCUACUGUCACGGGGUCUGCUGGACUGUCCGAUCGAAAACAAAAGACCACCAAGUAAUUAGGUGAAUGCCGGAUGAACGUCAGGUAAAUGGUAGUCAAUUUCGCAUGUGGCGUGGAAGUGACGGGGGAAAACGUCUCAAAAUUAAAAUAUAAUAGAAAUUCCAGAAAUUCUUU